GAGAACCCUUAAUCCCAAAGGGAAAAUUUCCGUCAUUCUUUUCGUUUUUCUAAUUUCAAUUUUUGUUUUUUCUUAGUUAGUUCCCCUUUUUCUCUGGGUUACAGCAGGUUCGAAGGGAUCACUUUUUCGGAUUUAUUAUUUUAUUCUGGGUGUUCGUGAUUUCAAUUUUUGAGCUUCUUUUUAUUUUCUCUCCUUUCUUCUUCAAUUUUGUGAGCCAGAUGCGAAACAAGAGAGUUUUUGGGAAUAAAACAAGUCAAAUAUAUGGACAGCACAGAUGCGAGAGAAAUGGGGUUCAAACGGCAACGAGUUAUGGAGGGUUCACCAUUCUUUGGGGCCAAUCCUGGUUCGAGUUAUAUAUACAAUCCUCCUCCGCCACAGCCACCUCCUGCUUACGCUUACAUUGGCCAGCCACCACCUUUUCCAGUUGUCCGGCUGCGUGGCCUCCCUUAUGAUUGUACUGAGGCUGAUAUAGCCGAAUUUUUCCAUGGUUUGGAUGUUGUUGAUGUUUUAUUUGUUCAUAAAGGCGGAAAGUUUACAGGGGAAGCUUUUUCUGUUUUGGGCUACCCCCUUCAAGUUGAUUUUGCCCUUCAAAGAAACAGGCAUAAUAUUGGUAGGAGAUAUGUAGAAGUAUUUCGGAGUAAGAAGGAUGAAUAUUACAAGGCCAUAGCAAAUGAAGUUUCGGAUGGUCGUGGUGGUUCACCUCGUCGUGCUGUGCCAAGGGCAAGAUCCUAUGAUGAGGGAAAGGAUUUGGCAGAACACACAGGGUUCUUGCGACUCAGGGGAUUGCCUUUCUCAGCUAGCAAAGAGGAUAUUAUCGAGUUCUUCAAGGAUUUUGUCCUCUCAGAUGAAAAAAUUAGCAUAACUGCAACUGCAGAUGGAAGGCCUACCGGGGAAGCAUACGCGGAGUUUGCAAAUGCUGAAGAUUCAAAAGCUGCAAUGUCCAGAGAUAGGAUGACUUUAGGUAAUCGUUACAUUGAGCUUUUCCCUUCCUCCCGUGAAGAGUUGGACGAAGCUAUUACAAGGGGCGGAUUAUUACCAAAAGCUGCUGAUGGAAAGGAACUCUCUGUUCCAACUGGUGUAUUACGGAUGAGGGGACUGCCGUUUUCUGCUGGAAAGGAUGAUAUUAUAGAAUUCUUCAAGGAUUUUGCAUUGUCCGAGGAUUCAAUCCAUGUGACAUUAAACUUUGAGGGUAGGCCAACAGGAGAAGCAUUCGUGGAGUUUAAUUCUGCAGAAGAUGCAAAAGCAGCUCUUGCUAAGGAUAGGAUGACACUCGGGAGUCGUUACAUAGAACUGUUUCCUUCUUCCCUUGAAGAAUUAAAUGAAUCUGCAUCGAGGGGUCGGUGACCAUCUCGCUUUCUUUAGCUUAUCUAUCUGCUUGCAUUGUCAGUGAAGUAGGAAAUGCAUGGUAUUACUGCUUGCUCUCUGGAAUAUAAUUCAGAUAUCUGUAAUCGAAGCUCAACUCUGGAUUAUGAAUUUUUUGGUUCUCCAGUUCCUUUAGCGGAUUCUGAUUCCAAAAACUGAUGCAUUUCAUGUGUAAUUUGCUUCUGAGGUGGGCCUGUCUGGUAUCUUUUUAAUCAAAAAAAUUUGAGUGAGAACUUCUGUUAUAAUUUGUUCCUUCAUUUGUGUAGAUUUUACUUGAAAAAUUGGAAACUUUCUUAUUUCUGCACAUUGCCAUUUUUCAGUUUUUUCUUUUUUUUUAAAAAAGAUCUUUCAGUUUUUGAAAUGUUGUUGUUUCACUACCUUUUUCUUUUUGUUUCCAUAAAAAACAUUUCCAAAC